UUGUCAAAGUUUUGUAACCUGAAAUAAAGCGAAAAAAUAGGCAGACGUGCAAACAAUUCGGUCGACCGUUUAAUAUUGUUCACACAUAGCAUCGCUCAAUAAGCAACAAUGACAAAUUUCAAUGGCUACGCUUCGCAUGAGGAGACCGAAGCAAAUGGCUGGGUGAAGUUUGGAAUGCGCCUUGCAGUCAGCGCUGCACUGCAUCCAUUUGAUUACUCAAAAACGCUAAUACAGAUUGGCUACGAACCGAUUGGCGCCAGACCCGGCAAAUCCAUGCUGGGCAGACCCAUCAUGUUGCUACCAAAUAUUUUUCAGUACGCUGGUCACAUCAAAAAGGUGGACGGUUUUUAUGGUUGCUAUCGCGGCUUGGCACCCAAACUGGUUGGCUCCGUGAUGAGCAUGGUUGUGAGUGAGCGCGUCGCCGAGAAGCUGGGACUUUCGGAUCAGGAGAGCAAGGACGAUUCCGAACUGACCGAGGAGGAGAAAUAUGUGCAAUUCAAGAACAAUCUGAAACGCGACAUUGUGCUGACGGUGAGCGGAAUUGUUGUCUCCCAUCCGUUCCAUGUGAUUUCGUUGCGCAUGAUGGCCCAGUUUGUGGGCCGUGAGAAGAUCUACAAUUCAAUACUGGGCUCCAUUGUCGAAAUCUGGAAUACCGAAGGCAUUAUGGGCUUCUUUUCCGGCCUGAUCCCCAAACUGCUGUUCGAUGUGGCCUGUUUGGUGCUAACAAGCUCCACGGUUUUCAUGGUGGACAAAUACCUCAUCAAGGAUAAGGUGGCCCGGUCAUAUAAUGCUGGCUUCACGCAGUUCGCCUUCUCGAGCAUACUCUAUCCACUACAAGUGGUGUCUACAUGCUCCUCAAUUAGCGGCUCACGCCUGAUGGCCGGCCAGCCGCCAAUAAUGCCGCGAUACAACAAUUGGGUUGACUGUUGGAAUGAUUUGCAGUCGCGUCGGGAACUAAAACGCGGCGGCUCGCUGUUCUGGCGCUCUCAAGUCGUUCAGUCGCCCAUAAUCGCAACAUCAGCCUAUGCCCCACUGCCCAAGUUGGCCCGUUACCAAUAGACGAGUUGUUCAUAAAGACGCGAUAAACGGUUAGGAUCACAAUAUAUCUAUAUAUAAUGAUAAUAACCGGAACCACGUCCAACGAGAGACGCGUCUGCCUGCAUUUUUAAUUAGAUGAUUUGCUCGACGAGCGCUGACUCCCUAAGACAUAACUGCAUUUGUUUUCCUCUGUCGCUGCUAUUAUUGCAAAUCAUUAUGUUAAAGUGGUCGCUUAAAUUAUGAUUAUCGAUCGAGUAAUAACCAAUUUAUUGCAUUGCACUGUAUAAUUUUAAAAACGUUUAUUUCCUUUUGGCAUCGAAUGCCGGCCUCUCCAAAGAAAACCAAUUGUACGAUGAGACUUUCAAUCAUCUAACAUUUAGCCUGCGACGACUAGUUUCUUGUUAUACACCUAUUUAAAGUGAGAACAACUUAAAGUAAAAAUUAAAUACGUUAUGCGCAUAAAGAACAAA